AUGUCCAAGUUCGAGUGUAGCUCCGAUACGGUUACCAACCAGCUGGAGAAAGGCAUUGACAGUGAGCUAGAAGAGGCCAAUCUUGUCGACUGGGACGGUACCGACGAUCCCACCAAUCCAAAAAACUGGUCGAAGCACAAGAGAUGGACGCAUAUUGUCAUCAUUUCCAUCUUAGCCCUCAUCACGAAUAUGGCUCCGACAAUCACCCUUGCCAUCACCCUGUAUGUCCUCGGACUAGCCAUUGGGCCCAUGCUCAUGUCUCCCCUCAGCGAGGUGUAUGGACGCGUGCCGGUAUACCACACUGCCAAUAUUAUCUUCAUCGCCUUUGUUAUUGGCAAUGCGCUGAGCCGGAGCGUCGCCCAAUUCCUAGUCUUCCGGUUCAUAUCAGGCUGUGCGGGCGGCACCCCCAUGGCUCUAGGCGGAGGGACCAUUGCGGACAUCACCACUAUUGAGCAAAGAGCGGUUGCGAUGGCUUUGUUUAGCAUGGGACCACUUGCAGGACCGGUCCUUGGCCCGGUCAUCGGAGGCUUCCUCGCUGCAAGCAAAGGCUGGCGCUGGACUUUCUGGUUGCUAGCCAUCUUAGGAGAAUCCUGCGGUAUAUCUGCGUUUAUUAUCAUGAGUGAAACUCAUCCUAAGGUCAUCCUCGAGCGCAAAAUUGCUGGUCUCCGCGCUGCCACUGGAAAUCAUCAUCUUCGUUCCAAGCUUGCCGGCAAACCGCUCUCCCCACGCCAGGUUCUCCUGCAGGUACUUAUUCGACCUACUGUGCUCCUGUUCCAGUCACCUAUUCUCUUGGUUAUAUCCCUCUACGUGGCAUUGGUGUUUGGAGUGAUGUACCUACUGUUUACCACCUUCACCGGCGUAUUUGAGGGCCAGUACGGGUUCAGCACUUCCGUGUCCGGGCUGGUAUAUCUUGGUCUAGGGGUCUCACUUGUCGCCAGCAUGCUCAUAUCCAACAUCCUGAAUGGCCGCGUUCAGGCAGCCCAAUUGAAGGCUAACGGGCAACAGCCCCGACCGGAGUAUCGGUUGCUUCCUAUGAUCUGGUUCAGUCCGUUUGUCAGCCUCGGCCUCUUCAUAUACGGCUGGACUGCCUACUACAAGGUCCAUUGGAUUGUCCCUAUUAUCGGUACGACCUUUAUGGGCUUUGGAGCCUUUUUUGUCAUCAUGCCCGCGCAGCUCUAUCUGAUUGACGUGUUUGGCUCCCAGGCCGCUGCCUCUGCGCUCGGUGCCAAUAACCUCUUGCGUUACAUUUCCAGUACCUUUCUGCCACUGGCGGGACCAAGUAUGUACGCUGCUUUGAACUAUGGCUGGGGCAAUACCCUGCUGGGGUUCCUUGCUCUUGCGUUUGUCCCGGGACCUCUCCUUUUCUACAAGUACGGCGAACGUCUUUGUGCUAGGACAUCUGUGACGCUUUGA